CAGUGAAAAUGCUGGAGCUGAGCAGGUGCGUGAAAACGAAGCCCCCUCGCCAUCAGAGUGAGACCUCCUCAUUUUCUCCUCCUCUCCGGUGACGCUGUAGCAGCCAAGCCGCCCGGUUCGCUCCCCUCACUUCACUCCGCCCGGCUGGCUGCGUGCUGCACACCGUCUUUAACGGGAGACGCAACGAGACAAGAGAGGGCACAGAAGCGAGCAGAGCGCGGAUCUGCACCUGAACUGCACGGACUGUGGAUUUAAGGAGAGGGAAAGAAGGAAAGUUGAAGCCGUCACCGCUGCGACAGGGAGCCGCUCCAGACUGCUGUCCAGUUAAUAAGGUCAAAGGUCACCGAAAGCAGUGGUACCAGUGGACGGAGAUGAUGUCCAUGCAAAUGAGUGAGGCGGACAGUGUGGUGAAAGUGGCAGAGUGGCAGCAGACCUACUAUGCUUCAGACUCUGGCAUCCAGUCAGGAGCCACCACAGUGCGGGAUGAUGAGAGCAGCACAGAGUACAGCAGCAGCAAGAAGUACACUGGCAGUACUAUAGCCAGUGCUCCCACUGUUCCCACUAAUGCCUCUGCUGGAGGAGGAGGGGACACAGCAGCUGGUGGACUAGAGAGCCCCACAGAUUUAGAUGCUCAGUACUCACUGACGCGGGCUCAGCGUGUCAGGGCCGCAAUGUUCCCAGAGACCCUGGUGGAGGGGGAAGCAGCCAUGCCCGUCCAAUCAGAUCCUUCGCAGCAAAGCAACGUUCAACGACUGGCUGAGCCCUCACAGCUGCUAAAGACAGCUAUUGUCCACCUGAUAAACUACCAGGAUGAUGCAGAGCUGGCAACCAGGGCAGUGCCAGAGCUCACCAAGCUGCUGGCAGAUGAGGAUCCGGUUGUGGUGAACAAGGCGGCCAUGAUAGUCAACCAGCUGACCCGAAAGGAAGCGAGUCGGCGGGUGCUGGUUCAGUCUCCUGCCAUGGUGGGUGCUGUGGUGCGCGCCAUGACAACGGCUGUUGAUAUGGAAACAGCCCGUUGUGCAGCCAGUGUGCUCCACAGCUUGUCACACCAGAGAGAGGGACUGCUGGCCAUAUUUAAGUCUGGAGGAAUACCAGCACUGGUUCGCAUGCUGAGUUCACCAGUGGAAUCAGUCUUAUUUUAUGCCAUCACCACCCUCCACAACCUGCUGCUGCACCAAGAGGGGGCCAAGAUGGCUGUGCGCCUCGCCGAUGGCCUGCAGAGGAUGGUUCCCUUAUUGAAAAAGAGCAAUCCCAAGUUUCUGGCCAUCACUACCGACUGUCUGCAGCUCCUGUCCUAUGGCAACCAGGAGAGUAAGCUCAUCAUCCUAGCCAAUGGAGGCCCAGAAGGUCUGGUGUUCAUCAUGAGGAAUUACAACUAUGAAAAGCUCCUGUGGACCACCAGCCGCGUUCUCAAAGUGCUGUCUGUCUGUCCCAGCAACAAACCAGCAAUUGUAGAGGCUGGUGGUAUGCAAGCUUUGGGCCAACACCUUACAGGCUCAAGUCAGCGUCUGAUCCAGAACUGUCUGUGGACACUCCGCAACCUGUCAGAUGCUGCAACUAAACAGGAGGGGUUGGAUGGUCUGCUGCAGAUACUGGUCACCCAGCUGGGCUCAGAUGAUGUCAACAUGUUGACCUGUGCAACUGGAAUCCUGUCCAACCUCACCUGCAACAACUCACGCAACAAGACUCUGGUGACUCAGUACGGUGGUGUGGAAGCCUUGAUCCAUGCCGUGCUUCGUGCAGGGGAGAAGGAGGACGUUGCUGAGCCGGCAGUCUGCGCCCUUCGUCACCUCACCUCUCGACAUCAGGAUGCCGAGCUGGCCCAGAAUGCCGUGCGGCUGCAUUAUGGUAUCCCUGCUGUUGUCAAGCUGCUGGGGCAGCCGCACUACUGGCCUGUAGUAAAGGCCACAGUGGGUCUGAUCCGGAACUUGGCACUGUGUCCGGCCAAUCAGGCGCCGCUGAGGGAAGCAGGUGCUAUUCCACGAUUGGUCAACCUGCUGCUGAAGGCUCACCAGGACACACAGAGACACGCCUCCUCCGCGCAGCAGACAUACCAGGAUGGUGUUCGUAUGGAGGAAAUAGUAGAGGGCUGCACAGGAGCACUUCACAUUCUGGCCAGAGAUCCUAUAAACAGAGGAGAGAUCGCCAGCAUGCAGACCAUACCACUGUUUGUACAGCUGCUAUACUCGUAUGUAGAGAACGUGAAGCGAGUAUCUGCAGGUGUCCUGUGUGAGCUAGCCCUGGACAAACAGUCUGCAGAGCUGAUUGAUGCCGAGGGAGCGUCAGCACCGCUUAUGGAGCUGCUACACUCCAGCAACGAGGGAAUCGCCACCUACGCUGCAGCAGUCCUCUUCCGAAUUUCAGAGGACAAGAGUUCAGACUACAGGAAGAGAGUGUCGGUGGAGCUAACACAUUCUCUCUUCAAACAUGACCCUGCAGCAUGGGAAAUGGCCCAUACUGCAGUCCCUUUGGAGCCUACAUACCUAGCUGAUGAGUUAGAUGGUUCUUACCCUCCCUAUGGCUACACUGAUCUGCCUCUGGACACCCUGCCGCUAGACCCGGACCUCCAUGAGCCCUACAUCCCAGACAUGACAUACGACCCAAGACAGGCCUACCCUGAACCACUCUAACAGAUGAAUAAAUCAGAAAUGCAGGAAGAGAGAAUUAGCAAAUCACAGGAACAAAGACUGGAGGAUUGGAUGGAUGAUGGAGAGUGGAAGUUUUAAUCACAAAGGGAAACAGCCCUUCCCAACAGGUGGAAAAAAAAUCCCAUUUGGCAAUCAUGAACUAUUAAAAAAAGUUGCUUAUUAAAAAAAAGGUUUGUUGUUGCUGUAAAUGAAAAAAUGUAACUUUGUUAUAAUGUUUUACUGUGGGGUGAAAGUGGGGGGUGUCUGAAGUUUUGAGGUAUUGUUACACGGGUAACUUUUUGAAGCAAUCAAAUUAGGCACAAAUGCCUUACAUUGACAGUUUGAGACAUGCGGGACAAGAAGGAGGGGUGUAACCAAAUUCAGCUGAUAGUCUUUACCACAUGUUUUAGCAUUUUAUCAGUAAAGGUUUAGAAACCAGUCUGUUAUAAUAUUAAUUAUGAUAUGCAGGGAUUUUUUCCCCACAUGUGGAAACACUCAUAUUAGUCAGUAGGAACCAUUCAAUUAUAGUUAACUGUAACCCCCAGUUUAACUAAAUUCAUCACUGACAUCACAAAAACACUCACUACGAACAUGAUUUACAUCUCUGAGAUGAAUAGAAUUCUAGAAUAGAAUUCCUCUCUUACUGGCACUUCUGCCAAUCACCAUUGCUACCAAAUGCUACCCGUGUAUCCCAGCCUUAAGCUGCUGUCUUUUAGAUGUCUCCUCUGUGUAUUUGAACAGUGCACAUGUCCCAGGGUGUCAAUGUGUGGUCGUUGCAUGGUAGUAUAUUGUGUACUCAUUGAGAUAUUCUUCACCUUUAUUCAGAAAAAUUGACAUCCAGGUUUUACAAGCUAUUUUGGAUUACGCCAACCAUUUGGAAAAACUUAAGUGUGGAACUGGACCACAAAUCCCAUCAUGUCCCAGCCUCACUUUCAUUAAACGGAUAUUCUGUUCAAAUGUCCACAGGAAAUGGACUUAAAAUCCCUUUGGCAUCUUGGGAGACAGACUACAAAUCCCACUAUUUUUGAGUCAUAACUAGUUAGACCCACAUAUCCCCAGUGGAAAUGGACCGUAGCUCUCUGAUCAGCUUGUACACACUGUUGUUGGUGCCAUGGAGUACACUACAGAGUAAAUUUACAGAAGUACCCACAUAAUGUGCUUAGAUAUGAUGACCAAUGACUUUUGUAUAAGAGGUGUGCCCGUUACAGAAAUCUGUUUGAUAACUCUAUGUCACUGUCAUUGGAUGGGGUUCUACGAGUUUGAAUAUAUACUCACUGCUGCUCACAGCAUGUUUUAAAGAUCCAGUCUGUGAUUGGUGCGCAGCACCUUUUCUACCUAGCCAUCACAUCAUAGUACAGUCCACAUAGUCUGCAUGUAAGUGCAGCGACAGUUUGAAUGUGGACAUCAUGGCCAGUUUUGGCAAAAAAAGUGCUCUGUGAACCAGGGGAAACUUUGCUUCUUCUUAUAACACUGUUGCUUUUGGUUCCAAUAGUCAACAAACUACAGCAGGUGUAGCCCGCAAUGUUUUGAAAGCACAACUACAAUAGCAUAUAAAUUGCUGUGGCAGUCUAAGACAGCUAAACGGUUGCUUUUUGAAUUUGAGCAUCAACGAAUCGAUUACAGUUCACAUUGCUGUAUGUAAUUCCCCUUUAUGUAGGCAUUCACUUUGUCACAAUUGAACAAAAACAUUUCAUUAAAGGACAAUUAUUUAGCCUUUUGUAUUUGAUAACUAAAUGAAUUCUUUCUCAUUGUGACACAAAAUUUCCAUGUCAAAGUCAAAUCCAAACAUUUCAAUCACAAAGUGUGUUCAGUAGUAGUAUCCCUCCAGCUGGCCCACAGAAAACUGUUUUAAUGGGAUCCACUGUCUGUCAUGGCUUCCAUCAGCUGAUAGCAGUGAAAAUAAACUUGGCCAAUGGUUCCGGCCAAAUGUCAACAUGUUUCUAUUACAAAAAGGCUCUGCUCUACCUCCUCAUGAAAAUUAAUGACAGUGCAGUGUAUUUAGCAUUUGUAUAUCUAUGCUGCCCUCUGCUGGACAACACUGAAAUGCAAUACACCUGCUCACUUAGUUUUAUGUCUUGUGAUUUGAUUUUCACGUGACAUGGAAAAUUCAUGCCACAAUGAAAAAACAUUCAGUUAUUUUAGACAAAGGGCUAAAUAACUGUCUAAUAAAUAUCUUCUUUUAAUUAUGACUAUUACAUGCACACAUGUUAUGGAAAUAGAUACAACAAUGUAACAGAGUUAAAAUUCUGAUUUGUUUUAAGUUAGGCAUCUUAGAUCUUCCAUAGUAUCCUGAGCAGUUAAAUAAUGAGACUGACUCAACUUAGAAUAUAUAACAUAUAUUUUGGUCCUUUCACAGUACAGUCAGCCUUAAGCUAAAUGCCAGGGUUAAUUCCAAAAACAUUAAGUUGAAAUGGGAUGAGAACUGAAGCGAGGAAAUAUUGACUGUGCAGUAAAAAAAUCUCAGGAGCGGAUGUACUAUGAUGGUUAACCUGGACAGCUAUUUUCAAGAGUGAAAUGUUAACCUAAGACUUACAAACCCUGAACUUUUUAAAAACCUUUUUUCACUGCACAAACAUAAAAUUGAUGUUGGGUCCUUCCUUGUAUUUACACUGCAUUUUACAUACCAUAAUAUUUCAGAUGUGUACUGGUAAGAAAGCAACAGCAGCCGAUAAUGAUGAUUUUUAUGCUCUGGUUGGAAGGUAUCAAAGCAUCAGACUACUUCAUAGUUGUUUGUUUUGAUCAAUUGCAUGCAUUGUGAUAUUUUUUAUUAUUUUUUUAAUUAUUAUUUUUUAUACUCUUCUUUCAACAUUUAAUUUUUGGUUUCUGCCAGCAGUGUUUUUCUGUUUGUUAUCCCUGUGCAUACCAAAUGAUAGAGAAAUCUACAUCACCACCUUUUGUUUUAUAACAUCAGACUCUAGUGUCAGUGCUGUCUGAAUGGACAUUGUAUGGACAUUUUUAUGGACAUUUUUUUUUUUUUAUUAUUAUUGGUAAUCCUGGCCCUGGUUACUGUUGUUAUGUUUGUUGUAAUUAUCCUUGUAGUGAUGUGAUGUCACAUCCCAUUCAAUGGAAACACAAGCAGAACCCAAGACAACAGACACACAUCAUGUCACAUUUAAUUUAGUUCUGCAUUGUCAGAAGUGCCCUUGGCCUUCUGCAGUCUGGGGUUUAGGUCAGUCCACGACUGAGAGAAUGAACAGCUCUUAUAAAUAUGAUCCACACAAUUUAUACUAAAAGACAAGUAAUGAGAGAGAUGCAUUAGUGACACCUGAGGAGGAAGUAUCUGUAAUAGUCAUUAAAGAAGUGGCUGUACAGUGUAUAAUUCCAUUGCACCACUGUGUAGAACCACCCUCUUUUUAGACUUAAGAGCUUUAAAUGUUGCAUUUAAAAAGUAAAAACAGAGACAUGUUACAUGAAGUCUUUAGGAGACAGUAUUUAACAUUAUCAUAAUGAAAGACAUUCUUUUUUAUCUUGUGCUAUGUAUGACUGUGUGCUUGUGUAGCAUUUGAACGACAGAGGUGUACUGCACUGUGGAGAGAAGAAGGUGAGGCUGAAUGAAGGGAUAGUGGGGUUUCAGGGAAGGAAUGUGAACAACAGUGCCCCCUGCUGGUUUUUUAGGAGAAAAUCCCAAGUCACAUUUUUUUUUCUUCACUGCUGGUAAAUUAAACAAUUUUCCAUGAGCGCUAAACAGAAUGGACUGAUCCAGAUAUAUGAUAUACAGCACUUUAAACUACAAUAUAUGAUGAUUAAAUUUUGUAUCAAAUCACUUUCAGCGACAUCAUGUCUUCAUAUGUUAUGGCUUACAGAUGAGCCAAAACAGUAUGACCACUGACAGGUGAAGUGAACUGUGUGAUUGAUUAACUUAAACAACAGUAUAUAUCAAGGUCUAGUAUAUAUUAGGCAGUAAGUGAAAAGCCAUUUCUCAUAGUCAGGUCCAGAUGACUGGACCGCUCAGCAGUGACUAGAGACAAAACAAUAAA